AUGCAUCUAUCUAUCUAUCUAUCUAUCUAUCUAUCUAUCUAUCUAUCUAUCAUCAGAAUGGAUGAUGCCCUGGAAGUUUGCCAUCAACAGACUCCGUCCAUAUUUAAACUGGCUCAUCUUUCGUAUAGUCAUCCAAGUAUGUUGAUCGCCUCCGAUAAUAUUAUCUCUUCUGCUACUGAAUACAGCAAGAUAUGGUAUUUUGACAAUGCAACGUUGGGAGGAUCCAUCGAGGCCGUAGUUGCUGACCUCCGACGAGUUGUUCCUGCUUUAUCUCAGUUUGGAUUUGAGAUUAACUCGUCCAAAUCAGAGAUAAUAAACUUGAAUUAUAGUGCUGAUGAUUUCGAGAGUGCUAUCCGGGACAUCAGGCUCAUCCUUGAGGAUAUAAAAAUAACACCUAAGGAGGAAUUACAUAUUCUUGGUUCUCCAGUCUUUCCAAUGGCCAUUCGAGAGUGGUGGAAGCAGGCAAAGCUUCCUUUGAGUUUCGGGGGCCUGGGCCUUCGAUCAGCGGUAGAUUUGGCCCUUCCAGCAUAUCUUUCUUUACUUUCGUCCAGUCGCGAAUUAAUUGAUGAGAUACUCAGUGGAUCGUCUCAGUGUUUCUCGGGUAGUUCUUUCGAACAAGCUUGCAGCGUCUGGGCCCAAGAAUUACUUUCUAUCCCACUAGACACAUCAAAACAAAAACGCUGGGAUAAAAUAAAAUGA